AUGUUUCCACCGACAUAUCCUCACUCCGCGAACUCGAACACCAAGCCGCCACUUCGAGUGCCAAUCCUAUCGCCACGGGUGAAGAUGCCAGGAGACAUCUAUCGCGACCACUACACCUACGACCGUCCACUACCACCAGUAUCGGCUACACCGUUUCCGCCAGCAACAUACGGAGCCCCCUUACCACCACAACACCCACUCGACUCCAACGUUCCACGCCACAAGCCACAGUCAUACGCCGGCUUCGGCUUUCCGCCAAGCGUUGACUCGUUCCGCAACCUGGGCCCCACUCCGUCGACUCAGACUUGGGAUGGUGAGAACAAGCAGAGUAGCUCCUGCGGAGACAUGUUCACGGCCUUCGGAGGCGGCUUCAGAGAAGAGGCUGUGUCAGCCAACGCUUCACGUUCGUCGAAGAAGUGGAUUGCACCAUCUCUGGAUCGUCGAGAUGUGAAGGAGAGCGAUGACUCGAGGAGCCCGCUGGCGAGCGAGGUACCGCUUCCCCUGUCGGCAUUCGAGUUCCAUGAGCUUCGCAAGAAGGCUUUGGAUGCACAGCUUGCAAGCCUGUGCAAAGCCAGUCCGACAAUGCAGUCUGCGGAGGCAUAUACGUUGAGCUCGUUGAAGUGGAACGCACCACCUCAAAGUCACUGGGCUGGAAAGGAGGGCAACGACACCAAGUCUCCAGGACCGAGUAAGGCGUCUUUUCCCGCCGGCGCAUACCAGAGUCGCCCGUUUGGUACCCAGGCUCGGAAGGAAUAUCUCACAGGCAUUCCCAUCGACGGUCCGACAGAGCAGCCCGCGGUAAUUUCCCCACCAGGCUGGAAUAGCGUCCACUCCGAUGUCUGCUGGGGAAUUGAUGCAUACUUGAUAGGUUCUAAGCAGAGCCGUGAGUCCGACCGCGAUACAAGUGGUGUGCCAAGUAUUCUUCCGUUCGGACCCGCCGACUGGAACAUCAUCCCAAAAGCCGCUGCUCCCGGCCAGAAACCAAGUUAUGAUCCAAACUGGGGAUUCACCUUCUCACCGUUCCAGCCACGCACUCCAGGCCGCUUUGGCUUCAUCGACGAGGGUUUCAAGAGCCAAGUCGAGGACGAGAGCAGCACGGCGGGCCGCAGCGAUGGAUGGGGCGCUACCCGCGAGUUCAAGAAGACCAAUACCGGCCGUGGCUCACGAGCACCGUCUGCAGUAGCAUCUCAUCCGUGCGAGUGCUCUGAUCCCUGGGGCAAGGCAUGCGAGGACUGCGAUCAAUGCCAGGAGCACUGCAGCUGCGAGCAUGAAGCCGAGACUGAAGGUGACGGCUUUGGUGCUGGUAGCGAGGUCAGCAUCAUUGACACUGAUAAGUCUGACAGCAAUUGGGGCGCGACUAAGAAGGCUGGCAAGUCUGAUGCUGGCUGGGGUGGCAAGAGCGAUGUCGACACCAAUGCUGAAGACGAGAGCAAUCGAGACAGCAGCAUGACCAUCAAAGACGAAGCACGAUUCUCCUCCCUCGAAGCCCGUGUCGCCGCCCUCGAGCUCAACACAAAGCCCGCUGAAACCACCGCCGACAAGACUAUCCCUCAUCUCGAGAGACUCGGUACUACAAUCCUCGAGCUUCGUCCUCUUCACCCAAGCUACACGAACUUGACGACCGCUUUCCUCGCCACGACCGAUACCCUUCAGAGUUCCGGCACCAUCGCAUUGAGUCCCGCCCUCCUCGAUAUCAUUGCGAAGAUGAAAGUUCCGCACUAUGACUUCCAUGACUUCCGCGAGGAGAACGACGAGGUGAUCUCCACGGGAGCCAAGCAAGCUUCCAAGUCAUCAUCUGGUGGCGCCAGUGUCCGAACCGCUCAUCAGGACAGAUUCAGAUUCAACUUCAACGACUUUCGCGAAGAGGAUGACGAGGUCUGUCUUCGUGCAGCAGAUCCAAGCAAAAAGCCUCAUUCAGGCGCAGGAGCCACUGGCAGAGCAGGUGCCCAGAACUACCUCGACAUCACCGACCUUUGUGUGGGAAGCGGAGGAAUCGCUCGACCAGCGGCCCUUCCAACCAUUACGCCUCAGUCCGGCAAGGCAGCCGCCGCAAACCCAAGCGCCAUCCACUACUUCGACUUCUUCGACUUCAAGGAGGAGAGUCACAAGAACGCUUCCGCGGAAGCUCCCUCAAUGCCCGAGCCUCCUGAGAGCCGCUUCAACUUCAAGGACUCCCGCGAGGAGGACGACGAAUUUGAUGGUCGGGAAGCCAGCUCAGCGGCGAAGCCAAAACCCCAAGAGGGAGGACGUAGUCGUGGUCGUCCUCGUGGCUGGAUUAAGCAACAGGAUGGCAAGGUGAAGGUGUGCGGUGUCUGUGGCUUCGGCGGUCAUUACUCCGGGGACUGCCAGUGGUUUUAUCCUGGAUGGUAG